AGUGGGGACACAACACCAAGUGAGAGUGAACGAGGAAGAAAGAAAAAAAAAAAAAUAGAGAGAAUAUGGAAGGAGAGAACGAAAAGCACGAUGGCAACGCCGCUUUGGUGAACUCCUUCUGUGAAAUCACUUCCUCUUCCAAACAAGAAGCCCUCUUCUUCCUCGAGAGCCACAACUUUGACCUAGACGCUGCCGUUUUGACCUUCCUCGACAACAACAACAACAACAACGCUCCAAUCCCCCAAAACGACAACGUCGCCCCUAACCCCACUGUCGAUUCCCCCUCCCCGGACUUCCAACCCUCGCCCUCCCUCUCUCCCUCGCCUUCUCCGUCUCGCACGCCCUACGAACUCCGAUCCCGCCGCUCCCUCGCCAAGAAGCCCUCCGGCAGCCGCCACGCCAAGGUCCGCACGCUCGGCGAUCUCAAGCGCACCUCCCGCCCUGACUCGGACUCGGACUCCGAUCCCGAUUUCGAGCCCGACGAGUACUACACCGGCGGCGAAAAGAGUGGAAUGGUUGUUGGUGAUCCUAGCAAGGGGGGUAACAGUGUGGAUGAUAUUUUUGAGCAAGCGCGAGAGGUGGCGGUUGAAGCGCCUUCCAACAGUUCCACCAGGUCGAGGAGCUUCAGUGGCACUGCCAGGUUGCUUUCCGGAGAGACUCUCCCUUCUGCUCCUCGCCCUGUCCAGGAACUCACCCACACUGUCACCUUCUGGAGGAACGGCUUCUCUGUCAAUGAUGGUCCUCUAAGGACCUUGGAUGAUCCCCUCAAUGCACCCUUUCUCGAGAGCAUUAAGAAGUCUGAAUGUCCCAAAGAGCUUGAGCCAGCUGAUAGGAGGACUUCUGUCCAUGUCAACCUUACCAGGAGGGAUGAAGACUACCCUGAACCUGUGAAGCCACGCCAUCUUGCUUUCCACGGUGUUGGAAGGACUCUAGGCAGCACCAGCUCCAGCAGUGAUGAGCCUAUUCAAACAACUGCUGCUUCACCAAAUACUGCUCCACUGCCUACAUUGGGUUUAAUUAUAGAUGAGGCACAGCCAGUGACAUCAAUCCAGCUGAGGUUAGCGGAUGGCACUCGCAUGGUUUCUCGCUUCAAUCACCACCAUACUAUCCGAGAUGUUCGGGCAUUCAUUGAUGCAUCAAGACCAGGGGGAGCAAGAAGUUACCAACUGCAGACAAUGGGUUUUCCUCCCAAACAACUAGCUGAUUUGGACCAGACUAUAGAGCAAGCUGGUAUAGCCAACUCAGUUGUCAUUCAAAAAUUGUAGGUUGUUUACAAUAUUCUAUUUCAUGUAGACUUGAAAUUACUAUUUUUAUGCCUAAACCUUGAUUGAUCUAUUUAUAUUUUAGUGAAUUUGAUAAAAGGUUCGUUCCAAA